AUGACAUCCAAUGUACAAUCGCAUCCGGCAAACAAUGGCAAUCACCAAAGACAACAGAAUAUGCAACAACAACAGGAGGUGGUUGUAGGGUCCAGUUAUAAUGAUUUAGAACAGAAAAAACUACUGGAAUGGGAGUUGUCAUCGUUGGGAGCCGACGACCUGCGGUCGCACGCUUGGUAUCAUGGUCACCGCGUGGACCGGGCUGAGGCAGAGAGAUUAUUGCGUCAAUGUGUUGCCGUCGAGCAUGGUUUUUCUAUUGCCAGUUUAGGUAGUAAUAUCAUUGGUAGAGGUUCGGUUGCGUCAUUGGGAGCAGAAAAAGACAACGCACAGGACUCGGACUCCGACGGGCUAGAAGAUGCCAAUAGCGUGAGUAGCGAUAGUGAUUUCACUACGGAUGACUUUCUGGAUGGUUUAGUCAAAGACCUGGUGCCCUUUCCCUCUACGACCAUGGAUGACUCGCUGCUCUUACAACAGCGCCGUCGGUUAGAUAGCGUGUUGCCGCCCACGAGUGCCAGACGUCCACGUCAAAACCGCCGAUACUUCUAUUGUUUCCUAGUCCGUGACAGUUUGAAUGUUCGGCCGCCUGGACGGUAUGUCGUGUCGUGUUUACGGGUUGACAAGUACGACAAUGAAGAUAAUAAAAAUAAUAGUGUCAGGAACACGGAAAACGAACAACGCAUGCAAUUCCUUCGCCAUCAACAACGACGGCGCCGACGCAAGCAGCAACGGCAUCCCGUUUUACAUUUCGUAAUUAACGAGGUUAGAUUUAUUCGUUACUACUUUCUUUCUGUAAAUGUAGAUCUAUACGCAAUCAUUGCAAUCAUCACGCAUUAAUCAUUCCUAUCAAAAAAGAUUUUAGAGAUUUUAAAAGUUUUCUAGAAAAUUAAAUAAAACAAACAGCUCUACAAUUCUAUGUUUAUGUUAUUUUUUGUUACCCUUUUUUUUGGGGGUAAAACCAACACCUUUUUUUGAUUUUCAAAUGGCACUCUAUAUUAAAUAGUCCAUAAUUAGAUGAAGUAUUAGUUAAAAUAAAUUUUAAUGGUGACAUGUUUGAUUUCCGUUAAUCUAUUGACGAGAUAUUCUACUUUUAGGUUUGGGUAUGAGAAGAGUUAGUAGUGGUGUAUUAACAUGCUGUGCCCCGUACCACCAAAGAAAUGAUACUCCACUACUCUUUUCCAACCCAAACUUGAAAUUGGAAUAAAUUAAUGAUUUUUUUUUUGUUAUUUUAAUUUUAUUAUUAUUUAUUUUUAUCAGUAGCAUGUGUCACACAGGUAUAUAAGGGGUUUUUCAUACCUAAGGAUGAACACUUUUCCGGGAAUGAAAUUUAUUAUAAUUUUCCUGAAAAACUUAAAAUUUCUCAAUAGGGGAAAGUAUAUUUUAUGAUCAUUAUCUUAAGAUCUGAGAUAUAGGCAAAUAGCAAAUAUUUUUGUUAUAAGGCGUUGGGGUAAUAUUAUCAUAGUAGGAUUUUUAAAAUAUAUGUGCCAUUGUGCAAGAUAUAUUCCAUUAUAAUUAUGUAUCGUUAAAUACACAGUAGAAAUUUAAUGUAUAUUAUAGUAUUUUACCGAAUGUAUUUAUUAUAUUUUAAAAAUUUAUUAUGAACUUGUAGGUUACGUUUUUUUUUUAAUCUGAUUAUUUUUUUAUAGAUUAUUUUGCAACCCGGGACAGUUUACGAACGAUCACAAUUCACUUUUGGAGAUGCAUUGCCAACGGUAGCUCUGAUGACGUCUGCUGCUUCUACAAUGAUAAGUAGUAAUAAUGGAGAACUUAAUGGACAGCGAAAAUAUCAGCCGGGAUUCGAUAGUGUACCCGAUCUUAUUCGAUAUUAUGUCGGUGGUUCUGAUGAUAAUGCUGUUCUCUCUUACGGUGGAGGUCAUGAAGGAACGACUAGUAGUAGUAGUAGUAGUAAUACCAUGUUUCCCCAGCCAUUACAUACAGAGGUACGUAUCCGGUAUCCAUGUAAUCGGCGCUACCCCCUGAUAACGUUUCACACAUUAGAUGAGACCACUACUCCAUCAUUCAUUUCGAAACCAAAUGAACACUCUCAUGUACCAGAUAAAGCUUUAGCGUUGACCGAGCUACAACAGCUUCCACUAUCUGUACCUAUCGCACCCGGUGUGGCUGAGACAACCUCGUCACUUAAACUUUUGUAUCACCAAUCGCCAUCGCCACCAUUGUUGCACAUUUCUCCACGGAAACACAUGUCAUCAUUGUCGUUUCGAUCAUCGCUUCGAAGAACUCCUACGGCAACUGCAACGCCAUCAACGUUUUUCAGGCCUUCUUCAGCAGCAGAAUCGGUGACUUCAGGACUACCAUUAAAUAUAAGUUUGCAAAGUUCAUCAACUUCAUCUCCGAGCCUGUUGAGAGCUUAUUCUCAAGCAUCGACUUUAGGAUUAUCAGUAUCGUCAUGCUCAUCAAUUGUGACUACAAACUCUACAAUGAUACCAUUUAUAACCCCUCACACUUCAAAUUUUAGAUCGUUAUCAUCAAGUUUGCCUAACCAUGAUCUAUGUCCUUUGGUGACUAUCCCAUUCACUAAUAAGCACACUAUUCUUCCAGAACCAGUUUCACAGGAAUCUUCCACUUUGAAAAAUUUGAAAAUUUCAGGCACAUCUUUGGAAACUACUGAAUCUCCGGGGACAUUGUUUGAAUCAAAUAGUAGUAUUCCAGAAAUAAAUGAGGAGGUUUGUGGUGUAUUGAAUGUUAUUGAUGUAGAUGCAGAAAAAGCUACUACAUUGCCUGUAGGAAAUACUGAUUCCAGUUAUCAUAAUGGUGUUUUUCAUUUGCCCAACUGGCCAAUCAUCCAGUCUUCAUUCGCCAGGGCAAACCUGAACAAUAGGUAUCAGAGUAGGAACAAACGUUUUAAAAUUAGGUCUUGUAGUGACCAGAGUAGAUCUAGGAGUUACCAUUGUAAACCUGAAUGUAAUCGGAAUAAACAUGAGAAUCAUUGUAUUGUACGUUAUAGUGGAAAUAGAGAAAAGCCUAAUAAUAAUGAUAAUAUUAAAGUCCGUGAAUAUGGACAACGGCCACAGUUUCAACAACAAGAAUCUUCACUGCCAGGUCAUCCGUUGUCCAUGCUAGGUGUGAAUGUGCCGAAACAUAUACAACAGCAUAAGGUAAUGGAGUAUCUGAAAUCGACAAAAUGUCAUAGUUGUUAUGAUAGCUUCAUUGUUUCUGUAGAUUACAGUGGGAAUAAAGAGAGUGAAUCGGGCAACGAAAAUAAUGAUCAUAACGAUAGGCAAGAUCUGCAGCCACAGAAAAAUUCAUUGACAGAUUCUUCUUUGACAUCAUUGUCUAUGGUGACUGCUAAAAAUUCAGAAGAAGGCAAAAGACUCGUUAUGGAUACUGAAGAGCCAUUAAUGUGUAUUGACCUGAACCAGCAAAAUACGGAAAAAAAUAUGGCCGAUCUUAAGACAAAACUUUUAACACAUAGAGAACAAAUAGAUCCAGUGAGUGAGCCCCGUGCAGAAAAUAAACUACUAACACCAAUACAAUAUGAUGAUUUUGAUGAAUGGCGAAGCCUUUGGGCUCUCUUGUUACGGCAGAGGGUCGUAAGUAAACAAGAAAAACGUCUUCAAGACCACAGAUUGCAUAAUGAACAAUUAAAAAUAUUGAACAUCGAAUUCGAAGAGUUACAUCAACAGCUUUUGGGGGAAUUUCAGGAAAUAAACUCUAAGGUUACUUUUUCAAACAAUGUGGGGCCAUUAUCCUCACUUCACGAUAUCGUUCCAUCAAGAACAUCAGAAAUAUCAACCUCAGGGACUGUCCAGCAUUCAAUACCAAUUUUCGAGGAGAAAUGCACCAGUAACCUCGAUGGCACAUCAACUGAAAUCAGGGAUGAAGAUAUAAUCUUGCAAUGGUUAGGCAUACUACAGGACAUAGACACGGACGAUAAUUUUUUUCCAUUGAUGAUAAAUCGUAAGAUAAAUCAGAAACCUGAAAUCAACAUUAUUAAACAACAAAAGCAACAGUUAGGUAGACAAUUGAUUGUACCAUGUAAUCAUCAAUCACAGUCACAGAAUGGUGAACAUCUAUCUAACCUAACCACAAUGAAACAUCCAGCCAUCGAAUCGACUAGUAAAUCACCUAUCCUUCCAGAAAUUGUCUCUUGUGCCAAACCAACCAAUAUUGGAUGUCACCUAGUUUGCGAUUACGAAAAUAUUAGUGGAUUAAAAGACAAUGAUUGUUUAGAUAACCUCGAAAACAGCAAAUAUUUUAAAACUAUCGGUCCACUAAAUGACAACCACAGUAGUACAAAUUCCAAAUGUUGUAUAGAAUACAAUACCACCGUCGAUAUAGAUUAUGAAAAUAUUGUCGAAGACAUCGAUUACCAAAAUAUAGGUAUAGUGAACAGGAAUCUCUAUCAGGAAAAACGGCGUAAACAAAUGAAGGAUGGUAGAGGAGGUAGCACUGCAGUUGUGAAUGCUUUGCGAGCUGUACAUCUGACAAUCGUUGGUAAUCCUGAUAACAAUGGAGGAAUAAUAUCAGCUGGUACAGGGCGUCUGGCGGCAGCUCUGUGUCGUGCUGAUGGUAGUGCUACCAUUUUACCAUAUCGUCGCUAUCAGUCAAAAUGUGGUGUGGGAGAAGAGAAACCGGUAGAAUCAAUUAUAAGUGCAUGCCCUCUACAACUUCUCAGUCAACCAGGAUUAGCAGGACGCAGGGCUCGAUUAGAUAUUAUAGAAAGGUAAUUAAUUUCUUAUAAUUUUGCAUGUAAUUUUUUUUUCUGAACAUUUAAUGGUGUGAAUUUAUAUCAAUUCCUUUAUAUAACAAAUAUUUUAAUAUUUUUACAUUUUUUUGGUUUUAUAUUAUAUAUUUAGAUCACUUACUAUUGUAUUUCAAUUUUCGUUCUUUAAAAUACAUUUCUAACUAAUCCUCAUAUUAUUAGAACUAUUCAUCAGCACAGAUUUUCUUUAUAUAUAUUAGAAUUUGACUUAUGUUAAAUGAUUUAUUAAUUUAGUGUUUAAAUAUUAUUAAAAAAUUAACGCAUUUAUGUGUUAGUUUUUUAUUGCCCCUUAAAUUGCUUAUUCAUAUUACUUAUGGUGUAAUUUCAACAGUUAGAAAUUAUCUAUAUGUAUCCCAUCAUUGAGUAUCUCGUACUCUUAAGAAUGUCACAGUUGAUUUUGAUUAUUAAUUUAUUACCUUUAAUAUACAAUUGUUGUAGUCUUUAGACAAUAUGAGUUAUUGGUUACCAAUUUUUUUAAAGUAUUUUAUAAUAUUUCUUGUAAUUUACCACAUCAAUUUUAACAAUCAAAUAAACUUUUGAAAUACUAGUAUGAGAUUCUCGAUUAAUAGUGAUUUUUCAAUAAUCAAAUAAUAAUUAAUAUUACCAUUGACUGUGUAUUAAUUUAAGACAAAUUUAUGGUGGCUGCCUGCCUACUCCAUUUUAUGGUGUAUGUGGUGUCAUCAUUAUUUAGGUUUGCUUGCCUACAGUAUUUGGUCGCAAUGACAGUGAUUGUGACGCCUUGCUUGAUACUAAUUGGUAAUGAUAACAGUGGACUCAAAAAUCAAGCUGUAGAGUGUGAGUGGAAUUUGGAAGAUGAAUAUGAAUAUCGACGUCGGCAAUUUUAUUACCGGUGUUCCGGUGCAGCUGGGUGGUAUUUUUCUGGUAAAAAUUCUGUUAGCGAGGAUGAUGAUGACUUUGAACUGCCAGCUGAUUGUGACUUAGAUUUUGAUUAUUCAUUACCACAAAGAGGAGAAUGGAUUGCUGAAAGGCGUCACUGGUUAGACCAACUAGCUCGGCAUAGAGCUACCGCACUUGACAAAUGGAUCCGGACAGCAGCAGAUGUUAAACAGGCUGUGGGUGACGUUUUUGGUUAUCGGGCGUUGAUGUCGGCUUUAUGUUCUGAUAGGGUAAAUAUUAAAUAUUUUAUAAAUAAUUCAUAAAGUUAUUGUUUUAUAGUAUAUAUAUUUUAUGUAUAGAUUCAGGCUCUACAGGACGCUUGGGCUUCACUUCGCCAACUACACACCACCACGGCUGUCGAAUUUGAGUCCCGGCUCCGACCUGAGUUUCUCGGCCGCCGAGAAAAGUAUACAUCAACCGGGGUUGGAGAAGCGACGCGUGACAUCAUCGGUGAUGAUGAAAACAACGUGGAUGCGUUACUACAAUUGCCACCAAACGCCACCAUACCAGAUGCAACGGCAUUAGCGGUACUAUAUGAACAUAUGUAUAAUGACCACACCUGUGGUAGUAUCACAAUGACUUCCAGUGCAAAUGAUAACGUCAUUAAAGAAGAAAAAAACUAUCGACCAUCAUCACUAUUUACUUCACCGCUAUCACUGUCACCGUCACCGUGGUUUUCUCUUAGUAGCGGUAUUAGUGGUGGACUAGGGGCAUUAGCAGCUUCUGAUUAUGGUAUACAUGCCCUUCAUGCUUUGUGUGUUCAAUAUUCCGAGUGGGUGCAACAAAGCUUUGACAUAAAUGAGUCUGAAAUGCCAUCGGCGAGACCACUUGUGUUACAACUGGACAGAUUCCGCAGUAACUUUCGAGCACUAGUUCUUCAGUACAGCGAUGAUGAAGACAAUCAUGAUUAUAGUUAUGACAACAAAUAUGACUAUGAGGAUGUAUAUGUCUAUGGUUAUAAUCAAGAAGCUUGCCCAGAAAAACCCUGUGACCAAGAUAAUGGCUUUGCAUAUGAACGAAAUUACGAAGACAAAGUGGAAGAGUAUGGCUGUGGCGAUGGAAAUUAUGAAAAUUAUUGUGACAAUGACGAUGACGAUGCUACCGUUAUCUGCUGCAGUAACAGCAGUUCUAUUGAGGCAAUAUCAAGUGUCGAAACCUCGAAUGCUUCUAAUACAGGAACAGCCUCCACACUGAGGACGAGAGUUGGUAGUGGGUCAAAUAAAACUUCAAAAGACGAUUAUACUCAUCACAAAGAAAUUUUGGAAGAUGAUCGCUACUGUCACUGGAUUAAAAACAUAGGCAAUUGUAACCAAAGCACUGCACCUCUCAGCACCGUAUUCCACACUGAGCUACAUGUCCGCUUGUUUUGGCCCCCAACUCUUCUAUUAUUGGAUGAUAACGAUGACAUAAACAAUGUUAAUGAUCAGCCAGUGGUGCCCGCUUAUAUGUUAGGUACAACUUAUGCAGCAAAAGCAGCAACUUUAAAAAGCUGCAGAGGCAAUGAAGAAACACAUUGUAGUAAGGAAACUCGAUUAUCACAAACCUUUGAUUCAUUAAUAGUUGCACAACUGGAUCGAGCAGCUCAAGAUAUGCGCCUCAGGUAUAAAAUCAUGGACAAUUUUUUGGACGGAGCAUGCGCCUAUUCAACAUUUGCUGUCAAAGCUGCCAAUGCUGAAGACAUGGUGACAGGAAAUCAGCAACACAAUCCGAAUUACGAAAAUACCAGUUGUUGA